CAGUUAGAAAAGAUGGCUGCUUCUAUGCACAUGUGUAGAUUUUGUAAAUCGUCCUUAGUUUCUAAAAGUUCGAGUAGAAAUCAGUUAAUCCGCCAAGCGUCUAGUGGAAUCAGAGAAUGGUUCAGAGGCCAAGAUGAAGGUCACGGUGAACCGGCAGAAAGUCGGCCAACAACUUUAGAAGAAACCUGUAAAUCAGUAGAAGUGAAAGGGUUGAGAAAGACGGAACAGGGAUAUAACCCACCUGAUAAUGUCAGUGAUACCAUUCAGGCCCUAGCACAGGAAGUUUAUGGAGUGAGCAAACAUCCAGAGAGUUUCCCUCUGGAUAAUGCAAGGUUAAGGUUCAAGCUACUAGUGGAGUGCGAGAAGGCAUUUCAACACAUGAUCCCCAACAGAGAGCUGCAGCAGAUGACGCAGAUGUCUCACCUCGUCGAGUUUUACACGACUCCUGUGAAAGCUCUUACUGCCCUACAAGAGCUAUCUAAGAGCUCUCUGCCGCCAAAUCUACACAUCGACACAGAGUACCACAGAUAUGAUCCCCAGAAGGAUGGACCAACUGCUUUCCCUAAGCGGAAUGUCAUCGUGUCUGGGCUUAAGGCCAAGAAGAUGGGAGUUAAGGGUCACAGCACCCCGAAGGCUCACAAUUAUCUGAAAUGGCCAUCGGAGCAAUGGACACAGUAGUAUUGAAUAUACUGUAGGUUGACAUAGUCCUAUGUUAUAAACUACAAUAAUUUUGAAUUAGCUGAUUUUAUGUAGACAAUAACUUAAAAUUAUGUGUCUUCAGAAAACUAAGCAAUGUAACAUAUAAAUGUAUAUUCGAAUAAAAAUUGAAUGAUAGUUGUUUUGCAUCAACAA